UCAAGCUCAAUUUAUAUUAGAUUAAGGGGAUUUGUACUAGAGUUUCCGGCAUACGACGUGCGUUAGUACUUUCUAUUUAUGUAGUUGUAUAGGAGAAUCAUUAGCUGAACCGGUAACGGCAACUCGUUAACACUUCCCGGUUUUACACGUCAAGUUCGACUCCCAAGUGUGACACCAGUAAUUGCGGCCAAGAUGCCAAUACUUCAUAAGAAGAUUUAUAUUAUUCCGAUAUGAAAGAAAAAUUUGUUUGCGAACUCCGUUUCGUGAGCGAUAAAUCUUCCAACGUCCAGUAUAAAUGAUGAAUCUUCGGAUGAAGCUAACGUUAUAUUAUGAAAGGUAGUUUUCCAAAGAUUAUAUUAGAUUAAACAGGGAUAAAGACUUGGAAUGACAGUACUCGACUCUGAUAGUGAUCGAAUUCCGACAUGGUAUAGCAGAGAGAUGCGUUUGGUUCAUGCGUAUGGUGCCCUCGAACUAAUUCCGAAUAUUGAAUAUGCAUAGCAGCCCUAAUAGCACAUUCUAAGCAUACAGGCAUCAAUAAUAAACGUCACGUGCCUCGUAACUCUUAAUUGAACCCCGGGAUAAAUGACAUGUUAACGCAUAAAGCAAUAUUCUUGAUAGAAACGAGAGUAUGGUGCGUCAAUCAAAUGCCAUUUCAUCUAACUACUCGGUUGUAUUAUCACUUCUGUCCGCCGCAUAUUACUGCUGUUACUGGAGAGAUCGCAAAUGAUUGACUGGCUUUGUUCGUAUCAUUAUUUACUCCGAAAUUAUCGCGAUAGAGAAUUUAUUCGAAUUAUGGAGUGGGUUCUCUUUUCGCUUGGCACGUAGUAAUUGCGUUUGUACAAUUUUGCGGUUUUAUUUCUAUUGAUGUUUUUUAGACUUCAGUAUUUAAAACGCGGAAAAAAUUUUCCCGUGAUAAGAAUUUGCAUGCCGAUAAUAGAGGAACGAUAAAUAGCCGCAUUUGUCACGAUUCUAAGGUUUAUUUUGAUUUUCUAAAAGAUAUAACCCAGCUACUCUCCGAUAGUUCCGACUCUUCAGCGAUAGAAAACAACAAACAUAUUUGUGAUGUAACACGCUUGACGUGUGACAUGUCCCCAUCAUAGAACUGUCGAUAAAAUAAUCGCGCUUUUUGCGUCAUAAACUCACGCAAAGUGUGAAAUAUGAUAAAUGAGUCGGAGAAAGGAAUCGCGACGAUUAGACAGACCGCCGAAGCAACGGUGAAAUAGUGAUUGGUAAAGUGUGUGCACCUCAGUUUAAAAUCAUGGUCAAGAGCACCGUCAAGAACAGCAACGGCGGAUGUACUCUGCAUUGGACUGUUAAUCCCGCCGGGCAACACAGACAUCUUCUUCAGGCGGCCGCCUUUUACCUGGCUGUAUUAGCGGUCUUUUGGUGCAUUCCCGCAUGCAUCUAUCAUCGGAUCUCCGAGACCGGCCAGGCGGUGGUGUUGACUCUGGUGGACACCGCAGCGGCUGGAUUGCAGAAUUUAGCCGAGCCGAAACUCGAUCACGAGCUCCCUUCGCGAUCAUCCGUCAAGAAUUCUUCGCUGGACGGCAAUCAGGCCAGACAAUCCGAGCACCUGAAGGAGAGUGUGCCGACGACGCAGAUCCCGUCGCCGCCGAUCGUUGACGAGACGACGGAGCGGCCGAAUGACACCGAUGUCCUCGGGGAUGGCGAGGAGGCGCUUCUGCUGAAGAAGAUUACUGCUGAGGAGCCGCCGGAAGUUGUAGUGAUCGUCAGAGCGGAGCAGAAAAUCAACACGGACGAAUUGGAGCUAAGAGUCGAGGAGGAGGAGACUGGUCAGGCUCAGGUACCCGAGGAAUUGUCGUCGAAGAUCGAUGACACGUUCACCACGGCACCAGAAUUGAACGACACGGCGGCUAGAGCACGAUUGGUCGGCGAUACCAGGGACGAGACUGCAGCAGUGAUCCUGAACGGACUCGUCACUUCAGGUCCUACCGAGCCGCACGAGGACAUACCGUCCUUUAGCGAAUGGGCACAGAAGCGUUUGGAGGAGGCUGAAAAGAAAAAAACUCAUCCGAACGCUUCCGUGCAGACCCCGGGUGGUCCAGGACGAGGUGUAAGCGGCAUGAAAAUUCGUAAUAAGAAUUACGCUUCUCCCGACUGCGGCGCCAAGAUUGUGGCAGCCAACCCCGAAGCGAGUAGCGCCAAGAACGUUUUGGUGUCCACGCGAGACGAAUACAUGCUGAACGCCUGCACGUCGCGCGUCUGGUUCGUCGUCGAGCUGUGCGAAGCGAUACAAGCAAAAAAGAUCGAGCUGGCGAAUUUUGAGCUCUUCAGCUCGUCACCAAAAGACUUUUCCGUCUACGUGAGCGAUCGCUUUCCUACCAAGGAUUGGAGCCCAGUCGGUCAGUUCACCGCCAAGGACGUGAAAGACGUUCAGAGUUUUGCUCUACAUCCUCACUUCUUCGGAAAGUUUAUCAAAGUCGAACUCCUAUCGCACUAUGGUUCGGAACACUUUUGUCCUGUCUCGUUGUUUCGUGCUUACGGCACCAGCGAGUUCGAAGUGCUAGAAACCGAGACGGAAAAUGAGACUUCAGAAGAGAAGAAUACCGAUGAAGACGAUGAAGAUAGCGAUGAGGAGGAGCUGUUAGAUAGCGGUGAUUCACCGAGUAAUCUUUUCGGUAGUGCACGCGACGCCGUGCUAAAUGUAGUAAAGAAAGCUGCGGCGAUUCUGGUCAAGUCCAGCGGUCUCACCGGAAACAACAUCACGCAGAUCCAGCAAAGCAUCGAUCACGGUAACAUAUUGGAUAAUUCGUACGCGAGCUGCACGACGCCGAGAUACACGAUCCUGUGCGGCAACUGCACCGAUCAGAAGUUCGCCAGUGUUUUCCAACUGGUCAGUUGCAAGAAUCGACAGUUGGAUGAUUUGCUCAAGAUCGAUCUGGUGAACAGAACUUUGAGACGAGGAAAGCUGUGCGAUCUUCAUGGCGUGGAGAUUGAGUCAUUUUGGCGGGGACGAGAGGAGGACAAAACGAAGGACGAUGACACGACGCACUUCAAUUUGGCGGAGGAUUUUCAGGCAACUUUUUUAACAUCAUUCUUCAAACCUGAAUAUAUCGUGGCGUUGUGCAAUGUUUUGGCAACGAAGGAACGCAAGGUGGUAAUGAAUACGAGUUAUGAAAUUCCCGUAAAUAAAUCUAAGGAUGCUGCCAGUGAAGACAUUCUAUCCACUAAGGAUAUCAAUAAUAACGUCGAGGUCACUUUUCAUCGUCAAACAUCCUCCACUGUGGAUCCAUGUAUUCUCGACUCGAGUUCUUCCGCUUGCAAGUCUGCCGCGUCUUUCAAGGAAGUCCGACAGCCUCCAUUGGCUCAGGAUGUCAGCAAAGAGAGCGAGAAUAUCAGCAUCGCGACUAUAGAGACUUCUGCCAGUUUUCCGGAGAGCUUGGCGUCGCAAAUCAAGCCUACGAAGACACUCAGCAAAGAGGACUUGAAGAAAGACUCGUCCGCACCAAUUUUAGAACCCAGUAAGGAAUUCACAGAGGAGACGUUGCAAUCGCAAGUGUUGACGACCAUUCCACCGCCAUCUAAUCCGACACCGACGUUGAAAAUCGCUGAGGAGUUGCCGGUUUUAGGGACUCCUACCGAGACAUUACCAAUAAGCAACAUUCCGCUAGUAAACGUCGACAGUCAAGAAAGUAGCGAGGCUCUUGCGCCUAAUACAGAAAGUGCCGAGACUGUUGCGCAAGUUAAAACGGACAAGUCGGAAAAUGGCGAACAAGACGGAAGACAGGCGAAAGAGCUGAGCGAGCAAGAGGCUCGAUUGUCGUCUCAAGAUCACCUCUCGUUGGAUUCAUUACUGUCCGAUUUAAAAGAUUUGGAGGUCGACACGGCUAAUAUACAGAAUGGAGCGUCUAGCUCUUCGCCGACGACUCAGCCCACAGCAAAUAUCGUCCCUCAGAAAGAGUCUGUUUUUCUUCGAUUGUCCAACAGGAUCAAGAUUUUAGAACGAAACAUGUCACUCAGCGGACAAUAUUUGGAAGAGUUAAGCCGCCGCUACAAAAAACAAGUCGAAGAAAUGCAGCGCUCAUUGGAGCGCGCGGUGGCUGCUAUGGGCGAAGAAUCUCGAAAGGGCGAGGAGCGCGAUGCGAAAAGAACGGAAGAGAUCGCCGCUUUGAGGGAAGAAAUCGUUAUACUUUCCAAAUCGGUCGAAACUCUCCUUUACGAUCGGGACAGUUGGCGCAGUCGAAUAUCUGCGAUCGUCCAGCAUGCCUUGUUGAUUUGUCUGGAAAUUGUCGUCAUUAUCUUGAUUCUUUCUUACUGUCGUCGAAGAGAAGAUUUUGAAGAGGAAAAACUCGAAACGGACAUGAGGAAGGACACCAUGCGUCGAAAGAGUGCAGAGAACUUCAGUUCUCAUGCCGCAGCGAAGAAAACGAAGAACCGGCGACCCAGCGAGAUCGCGUCUCAUAUUAGUGGUACGUAUGAUGAGCUGAUGAUCGACGACCGACCCUAUGAGACAAAAAAGGAGCGAAAGAAGAAGCGUAAGAAAGAAACAAUUGCAUCUGGUACUAGAGCAAUAGUUAAUCCUGAUGCGAGACAAGAGGCAGUUCGUUACAAGAGUGUCUUGAACGUGAUUCCUGGUGGUACAACGUUGCCGUCAAGAAGAGCCAUAGAUUCGUCCAUAGAUUCUCCACACUCCAAAGAGUCACAGGAUGUGGCCGGCAAGAGGCCGGAAUCCGCGCCCGAGGCCGCUGUCAGUUGGUUCGACGAUCAAAUAGAAAGAAUAGAACGAAUCGUGCAGCCUGCAUCGGAAGAUAAAGCCUACACAACGGAAUCCAGAGCAAGUUCCGAACUCGGCCGUCAAAUCGACGAACUCGGUGAGCCUAAUACGUCGUCGGUAACUGUAGACAGGUUCUUCAAAAGAUCAAGUUCGUAUUUGAAUACAGCUGAACGGAAGAUCGAGCCAUCAAAGAACGGCUCGUUCAGAGCCAGCAGUAUUCUCAAGGGCGCAAGAUUGAGCUCGCCGGGCUUUAUGAAAACUGCCCUGGGUGCGAGAAGCAAAAGGAAACUCUCCACGAACUCCAUCGAAAAAUGGGAGUGGAGCCAAGAUUCGGAGCAUUCGAAUGACAGAUCCUCGCAGUCCAGCCCCACGGACUUCAAGACGCUGUCGCAGAUUGUCAGUGAUCGUGCCAAUGGUAGCGCAAAUGGCUUGAUCGAGGAGAGCGACGAGUCGAGUAGCGUUACCCCCAUGUCGACCAAGAAAGAAAAGAGAAGUACUUUGAAGAAAAUGGUGAGAAAGAUUUUCUGAUUGAAAUAGACCCGCCGCAGAUACUAAGCUGAACUGGAGUAUUAAUUUUUGCGUUGAAUCGAUCGCCAUAUAAAUAUUGGAUAUUCGUGAGAGUUUUUGGUUCAACCUUGUUUCACGCUUUCGUCCUAGAUUUUUCAUUUUCCGCAUUUAAAUCGAUUAAUUCAAUUAAAUCUAAAAACACAGGCUUUAUUUGUUAUCGCACGAUGAAUUGAAGUAAUUGAUUUCAACAAGGAAUAUGAAAAUGUGAGACUCGAUUGUCGAAAAAUCUCACGAAUUUAACCAGGUGUACGGAUAUACGCGUAUAUUUGAUAGAGAAUGAAAAGUGGUCGAAUGGAGCUAGAGAACACUUGUCAUAGUUACGAUAUACAAAUACUUUCGUCUGAGCAUGAUCUUUAUUUCACAGUUACUAGUCUGUUUAUGGAUUAGAGUAAACGGUGUAUGUUAAUUAUUCAAACUGAUUAAAGUUUAAUUAUUAAAGACUGCAUAUAAUUUGAAGGACACAUUAUACCUUAGAGAGGGAGACUUGAGAUAAUUAAAAUAACAUUUUGAAAUAGAUCGAAAUCGAGAAAAAUCUAUCGCAUGAUCGCCUAGAAAAACUUCUUCCACCUUGUAACAAUGCUUAGCUCUAUGCGCGUCCCGUUAUCAGAACUGCGCUUUACUUACUAGUGAUAUCAUACGUAAUGAGGCGUACAUGUUAAUGGCGAAAUACGUAAAAAUUUAUCAUAAAGCGUACGCCAACGAGAGAUUAAAUGUGAUCCCACCGUUAUGGAAACUAGGAAAAGAUGAAUAAAAUGACUUAUCAAGAUAGAUUAGCUUACGUAGGAUACAUACUUAUGAUUGAUCUUAAUCGAUGCAACGGCAGUGAUUACAACGGUUUAGAGAACACUUCUACGUUUUUAUUUUAGAUUGGAUUAUUUAAUUUUUAUCUAUGAAUCAUGGCCAAAGAGAAAAAGAAAGAAAGAGAGAGAGAGAGUGAGUGAGUGAGUAAGAGUGAAUGAGCAAGCAAAAUCGUAGAACAUUAGCAGUAGCUGUUGUAGCUAACAUUUAUCACUGUCAAUGGUAUGUAUGGAUAUAUGAAGUGGUAUCACACGUGAGAAAAAAUAAAAUCUCUCAAUUCCACUGGUGAUCAACAGUUCACUGUUUUUUUCAUCAAUGUAAAAUGUAAUAUAAAGUUGAUAUCAUGAUAUAAUCAUGAUAUAAAAGGUCUGUUUGUUUUCGCUGCACUUCUGAACUAGUUCAACAUAUUGCAAUAAGUUAGAAUGAAACAAAUAUAUUUUCUUUCAUUCUAACUUGUUGCACUAGUUCAGAAGUGCAGCGAGAACGAACACGCCUAAGGACAAAAGAAACAUACAGUUGAGAUAACUCAAUUUCAUUUUGUUGUUAUGAGUUAUGCACCGAAGGAAUUGAUCAGAAAACUUCAUAUGGAGAAUGAAUAAUCCAAUCUUCUUGUAUACAAGAAUUGUUUUGAGGAUGAAAUUGCUUUUACUUCGGUUUCAAAUUCGCGAAGUUGGCAUGGUACUUUAUAAAUGUAUACUUAAUACUGUAUAUACAUAUUUUUCCACUAUUUUCGGUUUUGUAAAUAUUCGAUACCCUUUCGAUUGGCUCUUCGAACUUUAAAUGAAUGUAAAGUUUCAAAGAAAAAUUUAUUUGACUGCAUCAGAUAAGCUCCGCUUUUCCAACAAAUAAAUUUUCUACUUAUAUUGAAAUAUUCAUUGAUGUAUGGAUUUGUCUAAGUUUAGCUAUACAAGAAAAAGUCAUAUUUCAUACUGGUCAUUUCAUAUCUGUUAACAAUAGUUCUUACAACAAUUAAAAGGUACUGUAAUUACAAGAAAGAUAACUGCAACCGAAAAAUUGUGGCGGUUUUCAUUAUUUAUUUCUUUAUCAAUACUCGGUAAAAUAUUAAACUAUUUUAGCUUCUGUUAUUUCCCGUUUCUCUUCUUUUUCUGUAAGUAAAAAUUGUAAAUAAUAGACUUUCUUGCAUCCAAACUUUUGAUUGUUAUCGUAUUGAAAAUUUUAUUUACGAAUGGGAAAUUUGAAAAGCAUAAUAUGUCGAAGCUUUUAGAUGUUUUCUAUUUGUUCCAUGCAUCUUUCUCGAAAUAUUAUUCGAUUUACUUUCUCUGAUAACCUGCCGUUCUCGUCUUCCAACAAUAACAUGUUAUCGUUAAGUAACGGUUAUUCUGUAGAAAUACGAAAUUUUCUGUAGAUAUACGUAAUGAUUUCAACAUCAUUCUCUUAAUCGUCUUUUUUCUUCUCCCGAGACUUAGAUUUCCAUUUACAUUGCGAAUUUAAUGCUAAAUGCAGCUGUAGAAUUUUCGAUAUUUAAUUAAAUAAUAAAUAACCGGCUGUGUUUAGCGCUAAAUGUAAACUAUACACGCAGACGUUUCUUUGUCGACAUAUUAAUUUUACAUACGUUGUGAAGGUACUCCGGAGAUUAACAACGAUUGUGCCAGCAUAUUUUGUAUCUGCUAAAGAAAUGUGCUGUGAUAAAAUCCUCCUGAGAUUGCGAAAUGCAACGAGAAAUUAAAUGCGAAGAGAAACGAAAGGGAAAAGAGAGAAGAAGUAAAAAGUAGGAAAGUGUGGCAAGGAGGAGUAUAAGUGAAUUCAGAAUGACUUAAACUUCAAUCGAAAAUGUGUCCUAUUACUUAACGUGCAUUUAAUGACUACAAAUAAUUUUGUGAAACGUAUGUGGUGUACGUGGACAGUGGUCGACUUUUUUUUUCGCGCGAGCUUUUAAGGAAUUUAUUUUCUAGGUGUAAGUUUUAUUGUUAUUCGCAUGUAUCGUCAAUCCGGUGAUUAUUUAUGUGCGACACGAGAGACGAAAUACUUUAGUAAUUUUACAUUGUACUUUCCUACUGAAUGAGAUCAUCACUGUCAUAGAAAAUUUGUGUAUAUGAUUUUUAUGGAACGAGAGAUCACAAUUAAACGAAAGUACAGAGCUCGUUUCCAGAACACACGUUACUUUUAUUAAUGUGAUAUGUAUUAUUCUUUCUAAUUUAAUGUAAAAAGAGUACGCGUCAUCGAUAGAUAGCAGGCAAUUUGCGCAAACAACGAAAAAAAUGACCUGCGAUUAUAAUUAUUAUGUAUAUCAUAACACAUAUGUUAUUAUUAUAUGAUUUUGUCUUAUAACCCGCAAUUAUUUAUAACAAAAUGCAAAUCGUGUAUGUUACUUAAAAUCUGUGUAGGCAUUAUGAGAAAGUUUAGUUCGAUAACCAGUAAAAUUUAAUGUAAGAGACGCGUGCUUCGAAUUGUAGAGUAUAUUGAUCUAAGCAACUUCCGAGUUUUUUUUUUACAUAUUUCUUUAUGCAAUAUUGCAAGAAUAUUUAAAAAUAUUUAAUCGAAUUAGUAUAUUAUUUCGACGAAAAAGCAUAGAAUAAUUAAAUGUAAUAUUUAAGCGUCACGACGUAAGAGAACAUUACAUAUCGUUUAUUUACAGUUAGUAGAAUUAAA